GCCGCGCCCCCGCCGCCAGCUCCGGGGCCGCGUCCCGGCGGGAGCCGCCUCUUCCUUUAGCCAGAGCUGUCGGCGCUCGCCGGGCCACACUCCGCCGUCGCUCCUGCCCCGCGCUCGUCCGCUCCGCGCCGCCACCGACGACAUGCUGCGCUGCGGCCUGGCCUGCGAGCGCUGCAGGUGGAUCCUGCCCCUGCUGCUGCUCAGCGCCAUCGCCUUCGACAUCAUCGCGCUGUCCGGCCGUGGCUGGCUGCAGUCGAGCACCCACAUCCAGACUUCCUCGCUCUGGUGGAGGUGCUUCAGCGAGGGCGGCGGCAGCGGCUCCUACGACGAUGGCUGCGAGAGCCUCAUGCACUAUGCAUGGGGACGAGCAGCUGCUGCCACUCUCUUCUGUGGCUUUAUCAUCCUGGUCAUCUGCUUCAUCCUCUCUUUCUUCGCCUUGUGUGGACCCCAGAUGCUCAUUUUCCUGAGAGUUAUUGGAGGCCUCCUCGCCCUGGCUGCUGUAUUCCAGAUUAUCUCCCUGGUAAUCUAUCCCGUGAAGUACACACAAACCUUUGGGCUUCAUGAUAAUCCUGCUGUCAAUUACAUCUAUAACUGGGCCUAUGGCUUUGGAUGGGCGGCCACAAUCAUCUUGAUUGGCUGUUCCUUCUUCUUCUGCUGCCUUCCCAACUACGAGGAUGAUCUUCUGGGCAAUGCCAAGCCCAGGUACUUCUACACAUCCGCCUAAUGUGGGAGGGAGACCUUGAAAAAAGCCCUGCUGCAAGAUGGGUCCCGAGCAGGAAACUGUUCUCCAUGCCACAGGAACCUACGUUUGGGCAGUGUUCACAUGAUCAGAAAUGCUGGAAUAAAUGCUAAAGAAAAUGCUUCAUAAAUAGUGUUAAGUUUUAUGUCCUGUAUAUGUCUUGUGGAGUUGAAAAGACUUGUUUCUGUUUGCUCAUUUUUUUUCUUAUAUCUAAUCUAUAUCAUUUAAACUGCAUUUGUUAAAGAGUAUGUUUGUGAGACUUAAGAAGGCAGAAAUGAGAUGGCUACUGAGAUUUAAUAGUCUGACCAAGCUUUUGUUUUUCCAGAUAGAAUAAUUGUCUAAAGAGAAGGGGAGCUACUUGUAAAAUUUCAGUGAACAAAUAUUCAAAAAUUAAUGUACAAAAACUCUUUGGCAUUCUCAGUUACAUAAAGAAGCAGCACGGUUUCCUAAGGAAGAAUCAUUGGUGAGACUCGUGAGUCGGUGUUUUGAACAAUUGCUAUUUUGCUAAGCUUUGUGUUGACUUGCUGUGACCUCUGGGAAAGUGUUCUAACAUGGUCAAAGCAAGUUACAAUACUCAGGCCGCUGUCACUACUGAAAUGCUAAGAUGAAAUUCCCUCUUUUAACAUAGUUUAGAGGGGUAGGGUGAGGGAAGAAGCCAUAUUAACAAAUCUGCAGUCUUAUCUGUAUAUGUUUAGAACCAACAUAGAUUUGAUGGGAGAGUGGACUAGGCCUAACUCCUCCUGACUGGUGGAUGUGAUAAAGUCAGGUAGGAAGGCGUAGGAGGUUAAACUGUCACAGCAGUGUCAUUCAGACAAUUCAUGAUUCCAGCCUUAGCUGAGCUCUACUGAUGGACAGCUGGAGUAGAUUUUAACUGUAACAGAAACCUAAGAAUAAUUAAAAAUCUAGUCUUCCUUGGUAAGCAGUCUUAAAAUGUCUUAAAAGAAGAAAAUUUGAAAAUAACUUUCUCUGAAUAUAUAUUGGAAGGGCGAUUAUUUUUUUACCAUUUAUACUUACACAAUGGAAACUAGCUUAUAUUCAAUAUCAGAUCACUAUUUUGUAAGUUGUAGAAAAGACAAUUGCACUUUUCAUUACCAGCGUCCCCCAAUAAACCAGGUGUUCAAA